AUGUCGGAUCACCCCCUAGACUUCCAUCGAAAUGAAGACGAUCCCGAAACUACCCCCAGCUCAUCCAAGUUAAAAUCACCCCAAAAACAGGGGACCCUGAGCCGGUCUUACCCCCUUCCUCGUCCUGAUGGACCAGCUGCUUUUAAGAAGCUCAAGGAGCGACAAGCGGCGGAAGCUGUGGCCAACAUACGCGCCGGACUGUUGGAAGACCUCGUGAACCCUAUCCAUAAUGCGCCCCCAUGGCUACAGAUCCUCUCCCAUUUAUCGGAUCCAUCUUCAUCAAGAUCUGAAUCCAAUUUCCCUCGAAACAAAACCAUCACAAUCUUUGAACAUCACAUUCGUCCGCCACAGUAUAGUUGGAGUGGCCUAUUAGAUAGGAAUGCAUAUCCCAAGCUAGAUCGGGUCCGCUCUUAUGAAAAGAACGAAAUAACCACUUGCCGAUUCGUCCCGUAUCUUGAAACGCAUAACAAGAAUACACCAGCGGAUAAACUGAAGGAAUUGGAUGAAAGCUCGGGCGGUGAUGGUUACGAAAUAUGUUUGACUGAUCGUAUAUGCCCUGACGUGCUUCGUCAAAACUUUUAUGAAUUGGUCGAAGCUCUUGAGCUGCCAUCAAAUGAAAGUCUAUUAGGGAUUAUGGGCGCACUACCGCCCAGUCGGAUAGCUAAGCCACCCUCAAACGACCGACUGAUCCAACUUCUGGCCUCCAAAAUUAGCAGCCAGAAUGGAGGUGAAUUUGCUUUGCUCUAUGACCGCUACUCCCGUGCUUGGACCCACUUGAGAAGAAGUGGUCGUCUUGUCCGCACGCCCAUUCCGCUACGCGUCAUUUCCUCUGGAUUCUCGAUUGCUGAAAUCAUAGAUAGCUUCCGCUUGACCUUACCUGCAAAUAAGCGAAUUUAUAUGGAAGACUCAACAUCUGAUUCGUCACAUCGGGAUAUACUGUGUGAUAUCUGUCAGCAGUUCUACUGCGAGGGUCAUUAUGACCGGCCCGUGCCAGGCAAAUCAGCAUGUCUUCUUGAGCAUCAAUCACCACCUAACAAGUAUCUAGAUGCUUUACCAGUCAAUACUGGCGGCUACGUCCCCUGUUUACAUUCCGGUGAAUGCUUUGAAAAUAAGGAGUGUGAGUGCUAUAACUUGAAGACUUACUGCGACCGAUUCUGCCAAUGCCCUAAGAGUUGCCCACGAAGAUACAAAGGCUGUCGUUGCAGUAGAAUGUGUGACGACAACUGUGAAUGUGUCAAGCGAAAUCGAGAAUGUGAUCCAUUAGUGUGCAAAUGCUCAGGAUGUCGUCGAAGCGCAUCAUGCAGUAACGUUUUGGCGGCUCAAAAGAAGAAGCGAACUUUUGUUGCACCGAGUAAGAUUUCUGGAUUUGGUUUGUAUGCAGGAGAACCGAUUUCAAAUGGAGAUUAUUUGGGAGAGUAUACUGGAGUUUUACUCCGUUCCGAUGAACUGGCAAAGCAAGCCCAAUUAACCAGUCUUUGUAAGAGUAGCUACCUUUUUGAUUUGAAUGAGCUGGAUACAAUUGAUAGUGGCAAGUUUGGUAACCGGACUCGAUUCAUCAAUGAGCCGCCAGAAAACAAGAAACAUAAUGCCACCCCAUCUGUCUGGUAUGUAGCUGGAGCACAAGUGAUAAGGAUCUUUGCAACCAAGAGGAUCCAAGUUGGAGAAGAGAUUACAUUUAAUUAUGGGGGGACAUAUCAUGCACGAGAUUGGACAUGA